AGAACGAAGGCUGUGGGUAAGGCGACAUUUCCUGCCCCCGGGGCCAGGGCUCGGGGAGAGAUGAUGAGUUGCUGAGUGUGCACCCCUUUCCGGAGCACAUACACACUCCCUGCUCUGGGGUCCCUUGUCAGGCUGCCCCCAUGGAGCUCCCCCUGGCCCAGAUAUGUCCCCGAGGGAGUCACGAAGUCCCCGUCCCAACCUUCAGCACCUUCCAGCCCACGCACAUGACCCGCAGGAGCUGCCAGCGCCUCGGCUACACUGCGGCAUCUCCCCAGGCCCCAGAGGCUGCCUCCAUCCCAGAGAAUGCUGAGAGGGCAGAGGAGGUGCCUGGGAAAGGAAGCCUGUCCCUGCAGGCCAAGAUCCGGGCUUGGUUCCAGAAGACCCAGGCCCACUGGCUCCUGCAGCACGGGGCAGCCCCUGCCUGGUUCCAUGGCUUCAUUACCCGGAGGGAGGCAGAGAGGCUGCUGGAACCCAAGCCUCAGGGAUGCUACUUGGUGCGGUUCAGCGAGAGCGCGGUGACCUUCGUGCUGACUUACAGGAGCCGGACUUGCUGCCGCCACUUCCUGCUGGCCCAGCUCGGGGACGGGCGCCACGUGGUGCUGGGCGAGGAUAGCGCCCACGCGCGGCUGCAGGACCUGCUGCGGCACUACACGGCACACCCUCUCAGCCCCUACGGGGAGACGCUCACCGAGCCCCUUGCCCGCCAGACUCCUGAGCCUUCAGGACUUUCCCUGAGGACUGAAGAAUCAGACUCCGGAAGCAAAAGCCAGGACCCAAACCCCCAGUACAGCCCAAUAAUCAAGCAGGGGCAUGCCCCAGUCCCGAUGCAGAAAGAGCGGGUCGGAGAGAAAGAGCCCUCCCAGCCACUCAGGCCCAAGCCUCCCAUCCCCGCCAAACCUCAGCUGCCCGCAGAACUCUACACAAGCCCUGCUCCACGCCGCUGCCCGGCCUCACCCCCCAAGCCCCCCAAUCCUAUCUACAACGAGCCUGAUGAACCCAUAGCCUUCUACGCCAUGGGCCGGGGCAGCCCCGGGGAAGCCCCCAAAAACAUCUAUGUAGAGGUGGAAGAUAAGGGCCUGCCUGCCACCCUUGGUCACCCUGUCCUACGGAAAAGCCGGUCCAGGCCUGUCCCAGGAGCCCAGAAUACAGGUGGCUCCCAGCUGCAUUCUGAGAUCUCUGUGAUUGGGCAAGGCCCUCCCCUGCCUCACCAGCCCCCACCUGCCUGGAGACACACCCUCCCCCACAAUCUUUCUAGACAGGUGCUUCAGGACAGAGGAAAGGCAUGGCUCCCUCUCGGGCCUCCUCAGUAGGCGGAAAUGUGGAUGGAUCAAACCACAGGUGAUCAAAGCUGGAAAAAACCUCGGCCAUCAUCUAUUGCAAGAAUGGCAAAGAGGCGUCAUCUUGCAUGCCAACUCCAAUCCAUUGGUUGUGGCUGCCUAGAGUGCUGCAUUGGAAAGGAUGCUAAGGUCGUAUCUGAACUCAGCAGAAAAAAAGCGCAUGAUUGAUUAGUGAUGUCUGCCACGGGUAGGGGCGGGAGGAUGAGCAGCGUUACAUUUGCCCUCACUGAUCAAGUCCAACCCCCUCACUGUGCGGAAAGGAAACACAGCCCGAGAGGGACAGUGACUUGGCCAAGGUCAAGGACUGGAAUCCAGACUUCCUGAUUCCCUGUUUAGUGCUCUGCUCCUUCCCACACAUCCACAAACUCCAGUCCACAGGAAACAUCCGAGAUUUUCUCAAAUAGGAAGUCUGGCCACUUUCCAGAGUUCUGCUACACGGAGGCCUGGGUGCUGGGUCCCCUCCUCUGGAUCCCAGCUUAACUCUGUCCCCUGACAGGUCUGGCCUGACCCCCAACAAAGAAGCCUGGAGGUCAGAGAAGGAAAUGUAGAGUCUGCUCCCUCCGGAGAUCCCAAGAAUCCAGUGGCUCAGUGCUUGGUGAUUGUCUAAGACAGCAAGAAGUGUGCGAGGAGGGCCCUGCUGGCUCCCACUGUCCUGGUUUCUCCUCCUGGAGUCUAAUUUCCUUGGCCCUUGAGCCUUUGGGUCUGGGCCCUGGUCCAAUAAUGCUGCUGUUGUCUGAGGAAUGGUUUGGUGAGAACAGAUGUUAGAACUUGUUUGUCGAUUCUUGUCUGGCUAAUAAAUCAUCACCAACUGCCUCCCCCUACAG